AUUCACAUCUCCAGCUCUGCUUAUGAAUCCCAGCAGCUUUUCAAAUUUCAAAUUUUGUACCCACAUUAACUGCUCCUCCUAAUGAGUGAUUUCUGUGAGGAUUUCUUUUUCCUGCUUGGGAAUUAAUCCGUUUUUAUCUGUAUCCUUAAAAGAAAAGAAGAGUCUAGUUUUUGUGUGCCAUUAAAAAAAAAAAAGUCUCAUUACAGCUGAACAAUUUGGAAAUGUGAUCUUGGAGUCCAAGGUCACAUCCACAAAUUAAGAUGAACAGAUCAUUUAUUCUUAGCACUAAAUGGGUUUACAAUCACUUCCAGACUAUCUUCCUCAUUAAGUGCUAGACUUUGGACAAACAUCUUUACAAACUCUCCUAGAGUCGCAAUCUUUUGUUUUUAAUUAGUCAAGUAAAAAUAUUUCCUCCUACCUAGCUGGGUUGUACGAGAUGAAGCAAUCACAAUCAUGUCAACAGUCUAUAAACAAAGUAGGGAGUCUUGUUUAUAGAUUCAGGAAGCCUUCCAGUAGAGCGGACGUUAGAACAUAUGUUUUGGAGCAUUUAUUCUGUAGAGGCUUUGGGCCGAGAUCAACACUGUUGUCUCAGGAGUUUUUCAACUGAGUGUCUUUAAUUCUUUGAAUUCUGCGUGGAUCCCCUUUUCUGGUAAAGUACUUUCCUGCUAGAAGUGAUUGAGCUGUGGGGUACAUCACUAGGAAUCCGUAGAGAUCAGUGUUUCUCAAACUUUCAGACACUUGGAUUCCAACGCAGAUUUGGACUCUGCAGGUUUGGGGAUGGGGUGCCCUUUGGGCUAAAACUAAGCAAGGGUUUCUCAAUUUCUGCCCUUCUAGGACUGGCUGAAUUCUGCUCGCGGCUUGUUCCAGGGCUGAAUUUUGCAAACACUCGGACUUCCCUACUUUGGCAGUAACCCCACCUCCUGAGUCCAGCUGUGACCCUGACAAUGUUUCCAAUCUUGCGUUCCCAGGAGGGAGGCCAAGUCUGCAGCAGGGAUGAUAAGGUCAAUUGAGAAGAACCCUCUCAGCAAAGGAUGCUGCAACCCGCGUCCGCCCCCUGCAGCAGCCUUGGAGCCAGCGGGCAGGUACCCCUGACUGUAUUUUGCAGCUGGGGAAACUAAGGCAGUGCACGGAUCGCGGUGGUCCCCCGAGGUGGCGGAAAAGGAGCGAACCACGAUGCAACUAUGACCCAGUGAUGACUCUGCUGGCCGCGAUGGCUGGUUAAAACUGCCCUGACUCUCCAGGUCUUAUCCACACCCCAGGAGCUUUCAGGCUAGGGUGCUGGCCCAGGGGACAAAGGGACGUCUUUCUAAGCUCCUGAAGAAAAGGAAAAGAGUAUCCUAGCCUCCCAGCGAACAGCCCCGUCUCAAAGCUAUACAAGGACUGGGUGAGCCUGCCAUCCCCAGUUCUCGUCUGCUGAGAGUUUCCUUUCUACAUCUGCACAUGGUGAUCCCCAUCACAGAAGGCCCACAGCAGGAUAACCACUGGCGGUUCUUAAACUCACGUCAGGGAAGAUGCGGGUCGGUCUCCUCCUCUUAGUGUUUCUGUGGGAAGCCAAGAGCCAGCCAGCAUCGAGGCCAAACAUAGUCCUGUUGAUGGCAGAUGACCUUGGCAUUGGAGAUCUGGGGUGUUAUGGGAACCAGACGCUCAGGACCCCCAACAUUGACAGGCUGGCUGGCGGGGGAGUGAAACUGACACAGCACCUGGCCGCAUCACCCCUGUGCACGCCCAGCCGGGCAGCCUUCAUGACAGGCCGCUACCCCAUCCGCUUAGGAAUGGCCUCUCACAGCCGGAUGGGAGUUUACCUGUUCACUGCUUCUUCUGGAGGACUUCCUACCAGUGAGGUGACGUUUGCCAGACUUCUGAAGGAACAGGGCUACUCAACAGCACUGAUCGGGAAGUGGCACCUUGGGAUAAACUGUUACAACACAACUGACUUUUGCCACCACCCUUUACGCCAUGGCUUCGAUUACUUCUAUGGGUUUCCUAUGACCAACUUGCGGGACUGCAAACCCGGGUCAGGCACAGUCUUCUCCGAAGCGUACUGGUGGCUGGUGUUCUUCCCGCUGCAGAUCCUAGGGGUCACUGUGUUCACGUUGGCCGUGCUCCACUUCCUGAGGCUGAUCCAUGUGCCCAUCUGGGUCUUCAUCGCCCUCCUCCUCCUGGUGGGCCUGAUCGUCUCCCCGUUCCUGUGUUUCCUUCACUAUUUCCGGCCCUUUAACUGCUUCCUGAUGCGGAACUAUGAGAUCAGGCAACAGCCCAUGUCCUUUGAAAACCUCACUCAGAGGAUGACGCUGGAAGCCACCAGGUUCAUACGAAGGAAUACUGAGAGACCCUUCCUCCUUUUCGUGUCCUAUCUCCAAGUGCACACAGCCCUCUUCUCUUCCAAGGACUUUGCCAGCAAAAGUCGCCAUGGCAUUUAUGGGGACGCCGUGGAGGAGAUGGACUGGAGUAUAGGGCAGGUUCUGAAUGUCCUGGAUGAGUUGGGACUGGCCAGCAAUACCCUGGUCUACUUCACGUCAGACCAGGGAGCCCACGUCGAAGAGGUGACGAGCAAAGGGGAGAUGCAUGGAGGAAGCAACGGAAUUUAUAAAGGAGGAAAAGCAAACAAUUGGGAAGGAGGUAUUCGGAUACCAGGCAUCCUUCGAUGGCCAAGAGUGAUACAGGCUGGCCUAGAGAUCGAUGAGCCAACAAGCAACAUGGACAUAUUUCCUACGGUAGUCAAACUUGCUGGAGCAUCACCGCCCCAAGACAGGAUCAUAGACGGACGGGACCUGAUGCCCCUGCUACAAGGGAAAAGCCAGCGCUCCGCCCACGAGUUUCUCUUCCACUACUGCAAUGCCCACCUGAAUGCUGUGCGCUGGCACCCACCACACAGCAAGUCCAUCUGGAAAACCUUUUACUUCACACCCAACUUCACUCCGGAGGGUGCCAAUGGCUGCUUUGCCACACAUGUGUGUUUAUGUUUCGGAAAGCACAUCACCCAUCACGACCCGCCUUUGCUGUUCGACCUUUCCAGCGAUCCACAGGAGACAAAGCCACUGACGCCGGCCACAGAGCCCCGUUACCAUGACAUCCUCCGAGCCAUGCAGGCAGCGGCAGACGACCACACCAGGAGCCUGCAGAAAGUCCCCAACCAGCUGUCUAUGUGGAACUUUUUCUGGAAACCGUGGCUCCAGCUCUGCUGCCCCUCGGCCUCCUCUUCACUGUCUUGUCAGUGUGACCGAGAAAAACAGGGUCAAAGCAUGAGCAAUUAGCCAUGAGCUGCUCUGUGUCUGGAGACCGGAAGCACGCAUGUGGCUGGGUUCCCCAUCUUCAUCGCCGAUGCUGUGUCUUACCUUGCUACCUUGGAAAUGUACCCAUUGCUUGUCCUAUCCCUGGAAGUCAUGAACGCGGGACAUCCGUGCUCACCUAGCUGGGGGAUUGCUUCCAGCGUCUGCAAGAGAACAGUGAUCAACAGAUAUCUUCCGCAGCCAUGUUCUUUGGUCUUGGUGUCAGCUGAGUGGAUGUGACAUUCAUUUCUUAUUGCAGACAAGGCGGGGCAAGUUCAAGGGUGACUUCAUCCGUCCUCCCACUGAGGGGAUAAGAUGUCAUUUCUCUUUAAGUUGUUCUGGAACCUGAAAAACUAACCAGCACAGUGGCGCAGAGAUGGUCACAUUCCCAGACUUUAGUAGAUGCUAAUGUAUUCAGCUUUGUAACAAAUGAAGGCCCGGCCUCUUUCCCGUUCAAGGAGGAUGGCAUGUUCCUAUUUGAUUAUAGGAAGUUAACUCAGUAUUAUUGUUAUCGCAACACGUAUUAAAUGCUUUUCACCACAUAGAUAGAAGCACAGAUACACGGAUAUACGUACGUACACAGUUUGUUUUCUUGAGAAGGUUAAGAUGGGUGGGGAAUCUCAGUGUUCAUUACUAGUUAAGUAAAAGCAAUGAAAGCUCCCCAAUAAAUUUGGGCAGUGAACCUAUUGCCAAAUCUUUCAACCAAAGUAAGCCCAAGACAGAGCCCUCCUGAACUUACUUCUAGUAUAUCACCCGUAGUAUAUGUCACUCUCCUAUUUUGCUUUUUGGUGAGUGAGACUGGGAAUUACAAGGAAAUUGGAGGCUGCUACCUUCCCAGGAAUACCUUGGAACAUAAUUCAGAAUUACUAACAUGGAAACCAUAUGUUAUCUGGGGUCCACAUGGCGUGGGGCACAUGUCAGCCAUGAUUUAUCAGCAUGAAAGAGAUUAUCUUGACUUCAAGGCAUGAACCGAUGAGGAGAAAUCAGUAGGUAAUGUUGGUACCUUCUUGUGGUUUUUGUUUUUAGUCCCCGGGUGGAAGAACUUGACUUUGGGAUCAACCAUGAGAUGUGUGAUUUUGUGUUAAUACCACUUCUCCCAAACCUCAGUACUUUUGGGAAAAUCGGAACCAGGUCACGUAGGAGAUGAAUAUGGUGAUAGAUUUCCAAGUCCACCUGGGGUACCAUUUCUCCAGCCUGGGAACCGGAAGUGUGGUUACUUCUUUGCACAUCCUCUCAGAAAAUGAUUAAUGCCUUUAUGGACAAAUGGAAACAAGCCAGAGUGCACCAGGAUACCGGUCCUCUAUCAGUUUGGGGAAUGUGUAUGGUCAUCCUGUUUGCCCAGUAUGGACCAUGCAGGGAAAUGGAGUGGUAGAGGUCUUUUGGCUGAUUGGAGAGAUAUGGAUGCCUGUCUUGGGCUUUCUGAAAACUGAUCAUAAUAUCAUGAAUUCCUCCACAAAAAAGCCCCCCAGGAGUCCACAGCAUUUCCCCAGUAGCUCUUCUUUUAAUUUUUGCUGUUCUUUUUCUGGAAGAGAAACCAAAAAAAGAAAGAAACGGAAGAAAUGAUGCCAAUACCAUUGUGUCCCUGGACUUUUUAACACUGCAAAAUGAACCAGAUUUUUCCUGUUAACGUGCAUUUCUUACCCUGGAAAUUGUACAAAAUAUGCUGCUUUGUUGCAGGAAGUAUUCUUAACCAAAGACUGGACGGGGAUGUUGAUGUGUGUGGAGAUUAUUCCUAAAAAGCAUCAAAGAAACCCAUGACUUCUAAACUCAGACUUUAGGAUGUCAUUACUUACUGAAGAAGUCAGUGCAAGCGGACUUUUAGGACACUCUGAAGGGUGUGGGGAUGUCUGCUGGGGAUUCUGUCACUAGAAGCACUUUUAUAGAUGAUACUGUAGGCCCGUUUGGGUAUAGAAUUAGAUAUUUAAUGUGUGAGAUGUUAAGAGGGCGUGAAACACAAUAUAUACCUCUCUCUGCAAAGGAACUGAGCUUAAAAGUGCCUCAAAGUAACUGAGAGCACUAUUACAAUUCAGGGCAUUUCAGAGUCAUGUUGAUUUCCAAUAACCAUAGUGACUAUAGAUUUCAAACUCUUUACCAUCUCAAGGUUUUGCUUUGAAUGUAUAACAAGAAAUUUGAUUAUUUGGAAGGGAGAGGGGGCAGCCCAGGAGAGGUGUAUCAAAGCUUGAAGGCACAGAUACUGUUUGUUUUUGUAAUUUUGCAGAGCGUUAAGACAUGGUUCCAUAGUUUCAAAGCUCCCUAUUGAUAUCAUUGCUCUGGCUCUGUAUUCAACUGUUACUGCAUUCUGAAGCUUUGGGCGAGUUCUUCACAAAGAGAUUCAUAUUCCUCAUGUUAAUGUUGAUGCCAAAAGUUAAGCAAACAGCUCAGUCUUGCAUACACUGGCAUCGUUUUUACCAGUCUUUGGCAUUGCAAGAAAAAUAAACUUGUAAGUGCCAUAUGUAUUUAAGAGAGAACUUAAAAGAGGAGGCCAAUGUUUUAAACUUCCCUGGAUGACAUGCAAUAUAGAAUGGGCAAAAAACAGUAAGUUUCAAAUUUAAAAAAAGCCACAUGCACACACACACACACAGGAAUAGUGUUUGGCCCAUUUCUCAAAAAUGCUGCUUUCAGAAUGAUUGCAUCAGAUGUAAGGAUUCUUAAUCACAUGCUAAUGCAAAGCCGAAUAAAAUGCUUCUUGCAAUUAAAAAGGUUGCCUCCAAA